CUUUUUUGUCACUAUUGCCCAGUGUGAACCGACGCUGACAAUAGACAUCCCUCCCCCUUCCUCCCUAAUUUGCCGUCGUUCGCCUUGUCAUCGUCUCCAUUGGCUUUGACGCUGCCAUUCAGGGGCUUCAUUUAACUGGAGGAGUUAAGAAGGAGCAGGUCUGAAACAUCUGGCAUCUCAGCCACCACAUUCGCAUCCAGAUAUCAUCUGAACUCGUGGUGUAAAACGCAGUGAAGUGAGAUCCACUCCUUCAUCGUAUCUGCGUCUCUGGCGGCGGUAGCAGGGAGAAGCAGGCGCCCACUUUGUUGUGGUAUGAAGACAGCAUGGAGUUUCCAGACCACAGCAGACAUUUACUUCACUGUCUGAGCCAGCAAAGGCAUCAGGGCUUCCUCUGUGACUCUACCGUGCUGGUGGGUAACGCCGAGUUCAGGGCGCACCGUGCCGUUCUGGCCUCCUGCAGCAUGUACUUCCAUCUCUUCUACAAAGACCAUCUGGACAAAAGGGGCACUGUUCACUUGAACAGUGACAUCGUCACGGCGCCGGCGUUUGCACUGCUGCUGGAGUUCAUGUACGAGGGGAAGCUGCGCUUGCGGGCACUGCCAGUGGAGGACGUGCUGGCCGCCGCCAGCUACCUCCACAUGUACGACAUCGUCAAGGUCUGCAAGAAGCGGCUGAAGUGGAAAGGGACAACUGUCCUGACGGGCCACGCCUCCAGCUGCUCAGAUAGAGAGAGCCUCUCGGACGGCAGUGUGGGCUGCCCUGCCACCGGAGACCUGCCCAGCGACGAGGAGAUGGACAUGAAACCGCAGUCCAUGCCUCGGGCUUGCAGUGCGUGGAUGCAUCUCACCUUGGAUGGGAGGGGAUCCCCUCCUGUUAACGGCAGUGAUGUAACAGCCCCGAGCUAUGAGGUCAGGACCGAGAAGGCAGGGAUAGAGGGCACCGGCUUCACAUGCGAGAUGUCUGUCACCUCAAAAGCUUCUACAGAUGCAGCAUGUGUGCUCGACUUGUCUGUAAAGUCCUGCAUGCGCAUUGGGGCUGGUGAGGCCUUGGGCCAUAAUUCCGACAUCUGUGGUUUGAUGACAACACGCUCUGAGUCGGACCAGGUCCAGGUUAAGGUGGAGAACGACGCAGGCGCUGAGGACAGCAGUCUGGCCAACAGGGACUGUGUGAUGGAGGGUGGCUUGAGGGAUGCGGCUGCAAACAGCAGUAGCUGUGCAGAUGAGCAGCUAGUAAGUUACGGGGUAAGUCUGCCUGCCAGGCAGGAAUCCCUGCAAUAUGGGGACAAGGCUGACUUAGAUGGUGCCAUCGUCAGUCUCAGCAGUGAGCCAACGCAGACGGAGCUCGCCAGCUUCGGCAGGUCGCUGUUGCCCUAUGUUGCCAGCAUGCUCUGCGAUCCCCAGAGCCAGAUCUUCGUAUGCCCCUUGUGCAACAAGGUGUUCCCCAGCCCCUCGCUCCUGCAAGUCCAUCUCAGCACCCAUUUCCGUGAGCAGGAGAGCCCCCGGGCCAAGCCUGACGGUCACGUCAAUGUGCCGACCUGCUCCGUCUGCGGCAAGACUUUCUCCUGUAUGUACACGCUGAAGCGGCAUGAGCGCACGCACUCCGGCGAGAAGCCCUACACCUGCGGCGCGUGCGGCAAGAGCUUCCAGUACUCGCACAACCUGACCCGGCACGCCGUGGUGCACACGCGCGAGAAGCCGCACGCCUGCAAGUGGUGCGAGCGCCGCUUCACGCAGUCCGGCGACCUCUACCGACACAUCCGCAAGUUCCACUGCGAGCUGGUGAGCUCAGUGUCACUCAGGAGCGAGGUGCCGCGCUCGCCGGGUGUCAGAGAGUGGCGACUGGAGGGCGCCUCCCCAGAGCUGCGGAAGUGACCAAUCGCACACCUCGGGUUUCAUUCAGGAGUGACAUUUAUUUCAACGUGUGACGAGAAGCAUCAGGGCUGUCCGAACCUUUUAAAUAACUGCUGCAAUUAAUACCUCAGACACCAAGUGAGGCUACUUAGCAUUCAAAUAACGAAUUCAGUAAAGCAGUGCAGAGCUGAGGGAGGGAACACCAGGUAGCUGUGCUAUAAGGUUUAUCAUUUUUCUUGUACUCCUGCAGCAGACUUGCUAAACUGCACUUUAGAGGGAAAUGCAUUCUACUGCUAACUUAUUCCUUUACACUUUAUUAAUAACAGGUGUGAUGUAACCCCCUUCUUGAGAAAGACACAAAUGGUGUGUCAGUGAAAGGGAAAUGUGACUGUAAUUUUUUUUUACAAUCCCGCUAUUCCUAUUACUGUGUGCAGGUUAUCUAAUGACACUGGAUUCAGCUGCAGAUAUAAAGUUUAACAAAAAAAAAAACUUGUUUAGAAACACAGAGCUGUGAACAUACAUAUGCCCAUAUAGGGUAUGUAGCUGUGUGUUUGAUGUGUGCUGCAAAAGUAUUAUUUAUUGAAGGUGUUAUUUAUUCUCUUGUUUUUUGUUUUUUUUAUUUUUGAAAUUGAACUUUUGCUCAUGAAUGUCAGACUUAUGCAAUUUAUAGUAUUAUCUAUAUCCUUAACACAGUAAUAAUGCUUUUUAUUAAUUUAUUUUCCUUUCACCAUUCUAAUGAACAUUUAACAGCCGCGUGACAUAUUCUUAUAAGGGUGAAAUAAUUUCAGCAAUGCUAAGUCUUUGAUGACUAUUUCAGGGAUAAUUUUUGAUCAGUUUUUUGUCACUUGUUCAAAUUCCUUCCUGUAUCUUAUAUUUGUACCGUUGUGUUAAACUUUAAAAGGUAAUGCAUUAGAUGAUCAUAAGUUACUAGUCACUGACCAAUAAGUCAGAAGUUUAGCAUUUUUUCUUUGGAUUUUUUUUCUAAUUGUGACAGUAUAUCUUAUACAUUCAUACUCUAGUGUUGACUAUUUCAGUUUGAGUUUUUGUCUGAAGUUUACAGCAGGACAUCAUAAAAGAAUGCUUUUAUUGUGAGUUCUAUUUAAUCCUCAUAUUGUUAUAAAAUUCAACAGGGAAAAUGUAAAAUAUUCCCACAAAUAUAUUUGGCACUUGCUACAUUUCUGUAAAAUUGAGCUCUCUCUGAAAUUCUCAUCCCUUAUUGACUGGAAAUGCUAUUUAAUGGCCAGUGGCUCCUGUCUCUGCAAAUAAAUUUGCAGAUGCAUAAUAUAUUCUAAAAAUAUGAAAGAAUUGUUGUCUGAAAAUAUUGUAAUGGGUAAUAUCUGAUAUGGAUAAUGCAGCUACUGGGCUCCUGUGUGGCACAAAGCGACACAGGGCUGUCCUGCUCUUGCUGCUAAUGCAUGUCACAGUUUGGGGUUUUCAUCUGUUCAUUUCCAAUAAAGGAACUUUAAAAAUACCAGAACGUGGCUUUUCCACGAUGGAACUACAUCUGUCACAGAUCUGUUGCACAGUAGCAACUUUCUCUUGUUUGCACUCUGAUGCUCUUCUAAUUUGUAUACAAAUACACAGUAUAAUGAGAAAACUGGUUUGAAUUGUAAGUUUUUUUUUUCUUAAUUGCUUUACUGUUUUACAGUGCAUUGCAGUUGAGAAUGAUGGUCAUGGCCAUUUUAAAUGUAAAUAAAGCAGUAAGAAAAGCCCUCUCGUGCAUUUCUGUUUCUUUGACAUGAAAAUUUGCAUUUCAAUAAAAAGCAGAAAAUAAACCAGAAUAGACAUGAAGAAUAAUGUAUCAUUAAACAUCCCUUAAGAAACCAGGAUUAUAUUGGUUUUUAUUGAGUCAGACAUUGUUCAUUGUCCUGUGAAUUUAGAAAUUUUAGCUUUGACAAUCAUUCAUAUUUGUAAAUUUUUU